CAUUAAUUGAAGUAUUUAAUAUUUUUCGACUGGUUAUGUGCAAAGAGGCUAAAACAUUAAUAUUUAUUUAACAAAGUCAUUCGUAAAAAACUACAUUUCCGAUAAGCCCCCGUGUUAAUUAGUAUGGAAGCCUGCGAGUCCAAACAUAAUGCGCUGGCGUAUCCGCGCUGACCACUACUGCUGCUCUUAAAGGAGACGCAUCCCAAACAGGCCUAGUCUCUGCCAAAGAAAUAUGAGGUUUGCUAUAGCUUUAAGAAGUAAAUAGUGCUGAAUGUUUGUUAAAUUAUAUUCAUCAUGCAACGCAACUUUACUUUAUUAAUAAGGUAGUUAAUUAAAUGCGUGUGUGGUGACUGAAAACUUACUGUUGACCGAGCUAACAAAACUUGGUCCCACCAGGGCCUUGUGCGUUACGUUGUUCCUGAAUUUCUAUGUUCAUAACUGAGACAUAACAACAGUGUGUAAGUUGCCAUCAUAGUUAAAUAAAAGCGGCAUGGACUCGGAGGAGGACGAGCUUUCAAACACUGAGACAACCGGAGACACAGCGGAGGCCGCGAAGACAUCCCCGGCCUCGACUGAACGGUCAAGCGGGAGAAGAGGAAGCAAGAGGCGCAUGAAAACCGCAGUGAUCUCCGCUGACUCUCGUGGUUCUGUUCGUGUUUUGCGGUCCAGAGGAGCUGCAGCUGGCAGAGCUAGUGAGUCCAAGGAUGAUGCGUGCAAGAAAAAACCCACAAUUGUGCAGCGUGGACGCGGGAGACCUGCGGGAUCACGGUCCAAAAACACACCGGCCGUGCAACCAGUGAUAAAGAAGCCUACAGCCAAAAAAGCAUCCAGACACGCUCUCGAACCAAAGCCGUCCAAAUCCACGAAGGACAAAGCGAGACCUCCGACCCGAGCCUCGCGCACCAAACCACCUCCAACGGCAUGCAAGCCUGAAGCAGAGAUGGAGGCUUCGUCCUGUGGAGAGGAAGCGGGUGCUGUCAAAGGAAGCGAUGACAACGUUGCAGAUUCAGACGCUGCUCUCGACGAGGACCCUCCGUUCAGAGAUGACCCAAAUGACCUCAUCUAUGAACCCGAGACAAAGACGGAAAAAUCAAGGCGGCGGACAACAAUACCCCAAAAAGAGGUGAAGAAAGAGGAGUCAGAAAAGGAAGACGAAGAAAACGACGUUAACAAAGAGCGGCCGAGGGUCAAUAUUGUGUUUCACAGGAGACGUAAAAAAGAUGACAAAGCCCCUCGGCUGCCGAAACGGAGGAAAAAGCCUCCAGUGCAGUACGUCCGCUGUGAAAUGGAGGGCUGUGGUACUGUCUUGGCACACCCACGCUACCUACAGCACCAUAUAAAAUACCAGCACUUGCUAAAGAAGAAGUACGUGUGCGAUCACCCCUCGUGUGGGCGCUUGUUUCGUCUGCAGAAGCAGUUGUUGCGCCACGCUAAACACCACACAGAUCAAAGAGACUACAUCUGCGAGUACUGCGCCCGAGCCUUCAAAAGUUCUCAUAACCUGGCAGUGCACAGGAUGAUUCACACUGGAGAGAAGCCAAUACAGUGUGAGAUCUGCGGCUUCACCUGCCGUCAAAAAGCCUCCUUAAACUGGCACAUGAAGAAACACGACGCCGAGGCUUCCUACCAGUUUUCUUGCUCCAUUUGUAGCAAAAAGUUUGAGAAAAAGGACUCUGUUGUUGCCCACAAGGCCAAGAGCCACCCUGAGGUGCUCAUAGCUGAAGCCCUAGCAGCUAAUGGAGGGGCAGUGAUAAGCAGUCCCACCCAGACCCCAGAGACUGUCCCAGUGCUCACUCAGCCUGACCAGCCCACUGUCAGUCAGGAGAGCCAGGAAGCGGUGAGUGGUGCGCUCACUCCGCUGCAGCAGGUGGUGCUCCCACUCACUCCACAGACACAGAUUGGUACAUCUCAGGCUCAGUUCCUCCAGCUGUCCACUCCUCAUGUGGUGCAGGUAGCGCAUCAGCAGCAAACCCCCACCUUGCUCCACCUCACCACUGCUGCUCCUGCUCUCCUUUCCAACCCCAGCCCACACGGCCAGCUCAUCCAGCUCUCUGCCCUUACUCCCACUGUCCCGUCCAUGUCCACCGCAGAUCCCCAGAGCACCCUUCUCACCCUGAGCUCCGUCACCACGCUGGCCCCCGCAGCCUCGCUGGCUCCUCAGCAGGCUGUGCAGUGGGGCAGGGGGGCCCCAGAGGAGACGCAGCUGCCUGGGGAGGGCGAGCUGUGGGACAGGGUGGUGGUGGGUGGCGUUCAUCAGGACGUAGGGGAAAUGAUGUGGGAGGGUAGCGGGGAGAGGAGGAAAGAAGACGAGGGGAUUGUUUGGGAGAGGGAAGGAGAGAGACAGAUACUGUUACAGUGUGCCGAGGUUCACAGAGAUGGUUUGAUCUAGAGAGGUGAAAACAAAAGACUGAAGGACCUGUCAAAAGUUCAUAAGCUGACUUUAUAAAUAUUUGAAAUAAUAGACUUUAUGAAUUUAACGCAUUAGUCAUAAAACAAGGCUACAGAGAGCUACUUCACAUCAGGUAGAACAAUUUAUAAUAUAACAGAUUACAUUCACGUCUUUUACCACUUAAUGAAUAUUUUGUAACUUUCUGGUUUUGUUGCGCCUUGUGUUUGUAUAUAUGUGUUUUUAAUUUUAGAUUAAAAAGACAAAACAUAUUGUACGAGAAAGUCAAAAAUGACUUAUGUCUCCAUAGCAACUCAUCAUGUUGUUUAUAUAUGCAUCUUUUUAGGAUGAGUGUCGUUGUCAUAAUUAGGUUUAACUGUAGAAGCUUCAAAGUACUUGAAAGUUACGGAGGAAAUGCACUGUGAGCAUCAACUACAACCAAAUGAGGUUCUUUGCGUUAAAGAAUGUUGAGGUAAUCUUUUCUUUUUGUUUUGUUUUGUUCAAAUCUAUAUAGUUUUGUUUUCAGUGAAGACUCUGGAAGUUUUCAUGCAGCAGACAGUCUGACUUGUCAUCAUGGGAAAGGCACAAGAGUUACUAAUAACAUUAGUAAGUUCACCAGUAAAUUCAGACGUUGUGACACAGCAGGACCCUUGUUUGCUUCUGCGACAUGUCUGUGGUCCAUCUUCGUUUGAUUAUAUUCACUUUUCAGGAUCUCAGUAGUGUCACUUCCCUCAUCUGAUUCUUUUAAUAUUUUUUCACAGUUGAAGGUGGAGUCAUUGAUUCUGACUCUGGACAAAGAUUAUUUACAUCUGAGCCAUGGACAUCAGCCAAAUGUUGUGGAGUUCAGCACGUUAGCACGUGCCAGAUUUACCGUCAGUGGCCCCUUCCCCCUAUCAUGUGCACAGGCACGAAUAGAUUAUUAUCGAUUGACCGGUAUAGUGUUCGGUGUGUGCUCGUGUGCGUGCACAGCUAGCAGACCAUGAAGAGAGACAGUCGUUGAAUUUGAUGAAAGGUGUAUUGGAUUAGAAUCACUGACCGCGCCGGCAGGCAGCAGUAUUAUCGUAAACAUAGUUUUUGCCAGCAGUUUUAUUUUGAAGCAAUCUUAUAAUAAAAUAUACCUCUGUACACUGCCAUUACUACUGAGCACUCAUAAUGUCACAAUCUGAAUUUAUCAGAAAAUGUAUUCAGAAUAAUUAUAAUAAACAACUUGUGUUCUGAA